AAAAAAGAAGAAAAUAGAAUGAAUGUCUUCACGGUAGACUGCUCCCUGGGACCGUCGCGAUUUCACCCCGAAGAUCCAGUCAUCACGUCGACGAUGCCAUACAAGGUUGGUCUCUAUACGCUGGCACUGUUUGUAUCCUGGUGGGAUCAUGCAUUACCCCAGAGCCUCCCGCCCCCUACCCCACCUAUCUACUCCCGGGCCCUGGAGACCGCCCUCCGGGCCGAGCUGUUUGAUGGCACCAACUACUCCACCCUCCAGCGCCCAGACAAAAAGGUGGACGUACGAUUGUCACUGACUUUGCUAACAGUGAACGAAUUGAAUAUCAAGGACCAAGUCCUCUCAAUAUCUGGAUACCUAUCAGUUAAUUGGAGGGAUGACCGCCUAUCUUGGAAAGACACCACGUCCACAUCUCAAGAUUACAGCAGCAUCAACUUUCUUUUCAGUACAGAGGAGCAUGUGUGGACACCAGCCAUAAUAGUGGAGAACUCAGUUGAAGACAUAUCCGUGAUUAGCGACUCUAAGAUUCCAAUGAGGAUCACUUGGGACGGGAGAAUCCACUGGAAUCCCACGGGUAUUUACAAAGUUGUCUGUGAGUCCGACAUCACGUACUACCCAUUGGACACCCAGACGUGCUCUAUCAAAAUCAGUACAUGGGGGUACACACAGGGCGAGAUCCAACUGCAGCUCGAUAACCAGAAAACAUUCGACACCAGCUUCUACAACGAAAAUGGCGAGUGGGAUUUGUACUCAGCGACCGGGGUUAAGUCCAGCGACAGAUCACGUGGUGGGGAGUCGUACUCUAGUCUAACAUUUACCCUGACUUUGAGAAGGAAGCCAGAGUUUCAUAUAAUAAACACGAUAUUUCCUAUGAUACUGAUGGCGUUUCUAAUACCGAUGGUUUACAAGCUACCGCCAGAGUCCGGAGAGAAGAUGGGGUACUGUUUAACGGUGCUGCUGGCUUACGCUGUGUACCUUUCCCUUAUUUCUGACAACAUCCCCAGUACCUCAAAGAACAUUUGUUAUUUAUCCGUCUAUCUCUGUUUAACCCUGGCAUAUAGUACCAUAUCAGUGACCAUCGUCAGUUGUAUUCUGAAUGCUUAUGCCCAAGGAGAGAAGAAAGUAACCGGAUGCAUUAACUCGAUCUGUUGUUGUUUCAAGAGUAAACGCGUCGCAGACAAAAACCACGUGACAUACUAUGGCGACCACCGGAGAAUGCGCAUUGAAGAAUUUCCGCCAGAUUACGACUCUGAGAUGAACGUCAUUUCUUACCGCGAAUACUCGAAAAUACUGGAUAAAAUCUUUUUUGUUGUGUACAUUGUUAUUAUUACCAUCACCACUGCUGUCUUUCUGAUACUUUUGCUUAUCCAUUUUUAUUCAAUCGAAGAAAAGUCUUCUUAGUCAUUUGUGUAAACCUACAAUUACAUGUAUAUGGAUCGAUGGCAUCCUCAUCACAAAACUCAGUUCAUUUGUAGAAAAAAAAUCAUGGAAGAUAUAUCUUUAUUUCCAUGAAGUUAACUUUUCCUUCACAGACUUUGUGCAUCAUAAUUUGAUCAUGUGCCCACCGUAAUAAUCUUAAACUAAAAUAUAAAAUAAAAAUACUAAAAUAAAAAAGAAAAAAUGUAAUCUCUUUAUACUUAUAAUCACAUUGAUCUUCAGGAAUUGUUCGUACAAUUAAAAUUAUUAACAUGUUUAAUUUAUUUUUAUCAUGCAAACCCCAAUUUAUACCCUAACAGUAUAUGUCAUUUUUUGUCACUUAUUCUAUCACAUGACAUACUGUAAUGAUCACCCCAUAAAAGAAUGAUCCCUAAGAUAAUACACAUUUUUUUAAGAUAUCUGCUUAAAUACUAGUGAGUUUAGGCAAUGCAUAAAUUAUGAUAACAAUUCAAAGUAUUAUACUUUGUAAUUGUAACAAAGUGCUCAAUUCAUUCUUAAUUAAAGCAUUCACACAAUACAAUUCAACCUUUUAUGUGUUAAAAUAAUCAAUGACACAUACCGUAAGUCCAAUGUUGUAAUAUAAUUUGUACUUUUGUAUCUGAUACAUAAGUCACUUUAAUAAAUUAAUUACUUACAUUAGGCUGAGUACUUUUGCACCGUCGCUCCCCCUUUUUUCAUCAAAUUUGAUAUACAGCUUACAAACAUGUAUAAAAGGAUAGUGUGCAAACACUUUGAUAAAUACAUGUACUUAUAGAAUUUCUUUUCAAUAUAAAACAUUUAGAAGAAGGUGGUUUUGAAAAAAACAAGUUUUACGGGCGAAAACCCCUUUUAUACGGAAUUAUAUUGAAAUGAACUAGCAUACAAUUUGCUUAUCUGAGGUCUAAUGCUUUCUUCUAUCAGCUAUGUAAGAGGAAUCAUGCUACAAUACAAUCUUACGUAUAUAUUGCAUUUUUGACCUAAUCUUACCCUAAUAUUUGGCUGUUGGACUUUUGAAAGCUACUACGUGCAUUUACUAUUAUAUCUAUUGCUAAGAACUCGUUGACGUGAUUUAUACAUGAAUGUGACCAGCAGUUCAAACAGAAGAACUUAUUAUAUGGUCGUAAGUUAACACGUUCUUCCAACAUUAGCAGAAAAAAGAAGAUAUAUAUAAGUAUGCCAAUAUAAUCAUGCAUGUUCGUUGUAUUGUGAUUGCUUUCUGAUUUUUCCCGAUGUGUUAUGUUCUAAUUUGUUUCCACGAUAGGCGGCUAAUCGACAUUCAGUUUGAGUAUAUUUUGUACAUGCAUGAACAAUACAAACACGUGUUCGAUUAACUCACGUGUUACUGUACAUAUUCAUGAGAAGCUCAAUGCACUUAAAAAGAACAUAGUUAAGAU